UUCUUCAGAGACAUGGUAAUAAUAAUAAUAACACGUCAUUUUCGUCUUGCUGUCAACAAAGUGUAUCUGUGAAUCCGAGAAAGUGUAACAAAUUAAGGUGAUAAAAAAACUAGUUAAAGUUUAUUGAGUACUUGUGAGAAGAAAUGUCGAGGUACAACGAGCAAGAUAACAUGUGGGCACAGCCUCCCCAAGGGCAGUAUAAUUUCGAACCCUCUGGAUUCGGACAACCUAACCAACAAUUCGAGUUCCAAAACUACAGCACCGAGCAGCCUAGCGACUUCUCGUACUCGCAACCUUACCUGGACCCGACCCAGAACUCAUAUGGCGGGGAAAUGAUGUACCCGAGCGCCGACUUCGGGAAAACUCCAGGAUUCACCGAAGAAGAAGACGAACCUCCGCUGCUGGAAGAACUGGGAAUAGACCCGGACCGCAUAAUGCAAAAAACUCUGGCAGUGCUGAACCCGUUCCACCGACGAGGUCAAACCGACGACGCAAAUUACCUUCUUCAGGACUCUGACCUAGCUGGACCAGUAGCUUUCUGCUUGAUACUCGCGGGAUUUCUUCUUCUGGCGGGAUCCAAGGCCCACUUUGGCUACGUCUAUGGCCUGGCUUCGACCUCUUGUGUGUUGAUGUAUCUGCUUCAGUAUCUAAUGAGCAGCACUGGGAACGUCACUAUUUCUUCAGUGGCUUCUGUCCUUGGAUACUGCUUGCUGCCGGUGGUCGCUCUAGCUGGAUUAAGCAUCUUUACAAGUCUCCGUGGAGCUCCGGGUCUACUUCUAGCAAGCCUCGCCGUCGCCUGGGCCACUCUGUCCGCGUCCAGACUCUUCUCAGCCAUGUCAGGAGAAGAAAAACAGCGGCUGCUUAUUGCUUACCCGUGUCUGCUGCUCUAUGGAGUGUUUACUUUAAUUGUUAUUUUUUAAGAUGAUAUUGUACUAGGUUUAAAUUUAUUUUAAUAAAGUCAUUGUGAUUAUUA